AUGAAUCAAUUAGAAUCAACUUUGGACACCCUCUUAAAGAGAUUGGAUACUGCCACUCAACGUCUUGAAACUGUUGAAAAGGCUUUGGCUUCUGGUGCUGCUGCUGGUUCUGCUCCAGCUGCUGCCGCCGGUUCUGCUCCAUCUGCCGCUGCCGUCACUGAAUUCCAAAAUUUGGUUGAUCAACACAUCGUUCCAUUUGUUGCUCUUUCAAAGCAAUUGGCUCCAGAACUCGCUCAACAAGUUGAUGAAUUAAUUGCAGCACUUGAAUCAGAGAAACAAUUGAUUGCACUUGCUUCAAACUCAAAGAAGCCAACUCAAGAUGCACUCGUUCAAUUGAUUCAACCAAUCAACUUGCAUGCUCAAAAGAUCGAAGCUCUUCGUAACGCCAACAGAUCAUCAAAGGUCUUUAAUAACCUUUCAGCCAUCUCUGAGAGUAUUGGAUUCCUCAGCUGGGUUCUUGUUGAACCAACACCAGCUCCACACGUUGCCGAGAUGAAGGCAUCUGCUGAAUUCUACACCAACAGAAUCUUAAAGGAAUUCAAGGGUGUCAACCAACAACAAGUUGAUUGGGUUCAACAAUACAACGCCUUUUUGGGUGAUCUCCAAAAGUACAUCAAGCAAUACCACACCACCGGUCUUACAUGGAAUCCAAAGGGUGGCAAUGCCCCAUCAUCUGUUCCAGCAUCCUCUGCUCCAUCAGCCGGUGCUCCACCAGCCCCAACUGGUGCUCCAGCCCCACCACCUCCACCACCAGCUGGCUACCUCGACGACAACAAGCCAAAGAAACCAGCUGCCGAUAUGUCUGCCGUUUUCAGUCAACUUGGAAAGGGUGAAGGUGUCACCUCUGGUUUGAAAAAGGUUACCGAUGACAUGAAGUCAAAGAACAACCCAAACAAGUCAUCUGUCGUCAAGGCUGAUGAUCUCAAGACUACUACCACCACCACCACCGCCAAGGCUGCCGCCGCCCCAGCCAAGCCACCCAAAUUUGCUCUCGAAUCCAACAAGUGGUGUGUCGAGUUCCAAAAGGGUAACAAGAACAUUGUCAUUGCCGACACUGAUCCACGUCAAACCGUCUACAUCUACCAAUGCCAAGACUCUGUCAUUCAAAUCAAAGGAAAGGUCAAUGCCAUCACCGUCGACAAUUGCAAAAAGACAGCCAUCGUCUUUGAAAAUGCCAUCUCUUCCUGUGAACUCGUCAACUGUAUCUCUGUUGAAGUACAAGUGACCGGUAAGGUACCAUCAGUCUCUAUCGACAAGACCUCUGGUUGUCAACUCUAUCUCUCACAAGAAUCUUUGGCCACUGAAAUCGUCACCUCCAAGUCAUCUGAAAUGAACGUACUCAUCCCAGGUGCCACUCCAAAUGAUGAUCUCGUUGAAAUUGCCGUACCAGAACAAUACAAGACUCUUGUCAAGGGUAACAGAUUGAUCACUGAAUCAAUGUCUCACGUUUAA